CCCAGCUUAUGCGUAAGCCUAUAAUAAAUUGAUCAAUGGAAUUGUAAAUUGGGUUUCGUGGGUUCUCUCCUUUCCUCAAUUGGGUCGCCGGGAAUUCUCGAUUCCGUGGCCGGAAUCCGAUUGAUUAUGACAUAUGGCGAAGGGACGGAAACUGACGCAGAGCCGCAGCGAACGGUUGCUCGGGACCUACGGCAGCUACAGCCACGCACAUGACUCGCCGGAGCUCGGCGAGGACGAUGUCUGGUCGAUGGUCAACAGCGUCGACGAGAGGGAGGACCACGAAACCGAGAAUUUGCAGGGAGAGUGGAGCCCACGCGCCGUCCCCGAGAGCAACGGGGGUGUUCAGGUGCGGAGAGGCCACCGAAUUCCCAGGGACGAUCACAACGUGGGCGGGCUGUCAUUGGCGUUCGACGAUUCCGGUAAAACGGUGUCGUCGCCUGGGAUCGUGCACCAGUUCCGCGGGCACGACAGCAUGGCUUCCCCAGGUGGGCACCACAUGGCCACGUCAGCUCCCGUGAACGUGCCCGACUGGAGCAAGAUUCUCCGGGUCGACUCCGUGGACUCGCUGUACGACAUGAACGACGGCUUGGAUGGCAAUGACUCGGAGGUUAUUCCCCCACACGAGUAUCUGGCGCGUGAGUACACGCGAGGCGCGACGUCGGUUUUCGAAGGCGUUGGGCGGACCCUGAAGGGGCGAGACAUGAGGCGGGUCAGGGAUGCGGUGUGGAGCCGGACCGGGUUUGAUGGAUAAUUUGUGAUUAGUGAUUAGCAUUAGGAAAUUAAGGAGGUUUAAUUAUUGUUAAAAAUGAUUGAUUUGGGACGUAGGGAUGUUUAAUUAUUGUUGUGAAUUGGUAAAUUUUCGUUGGGCAAUGAUUCAGCCGAGUCAGAUGGACUCGGACUCGGACUCGGUUGGGAGUGAGCCCAAUUUGCCCAAGAUUUUGAAUUCUGAACGUAGGAUUUAGGCCCUUCUUGGUCUUUUUACUGUAAUGCGUUGAAAUUUCGAAAUCGGUUUGUGUUAGCGAAGCAUAAUAGGCAAAUUCAUGGUGCACUUUGAAGA